AAUUGGAGUUUUUGGAGCGGGGAGGAGGCUCUGCGCAUGCGCACGUGUAGGCUACGUCAGCUUUCUCAGUUAGUGAGUGUGUGUAAAUCUACGUGGCUUUACCCUGAAAUCUGCAAAGUGCAGCUGUAACACCGCUUCGUUAUCCGUAUUUACACACACAGCCCGAAGCCAACAUGGAUCAGGUCAUGCAGUUUGUCGAACCCGGCCGCCAGUUCAUCAAGGACUCCAUCAGGCUCGUGAAAAGAUGCACAAAACCAGACAGAAAAGAAUUUCAGAAGAUUGCAAUGGCCACAGCGAUUGGGUUCGCCAUCAUGGGCUUUAUCGGAUUCUUCGUCAAACUCAUCCACAUCCCCAUCAACAACAUCAUCGUUGGGGGUUGAAUCAACUCCAUUUUGAACUUCUUUGGAAGCAUGGAACAGCAUUGGAUGAUGGACUGGGACUGAAUUUGUAGAUUGAAUGAUCUGUUUUGUGAUUUUUUUUUUGUUUGUUUGUUUUAAUAAAUCAGUGGAAAAAGUGAA